AUGACCCAACGGCGGAAAUAUGAGUAUGGUCAUGAGGGCCAGAAAGAUGCUAUACCAUACACCUUUCGGCCCACCAGGGUCCACUCGACUAACGGGACUGUCGCGAAUGCUGAAAGUCUCGUCCAGCCUAGCGGGCCCAGUAGUCGUAACGGCUCUCAGGGGGCAACGAAGCUAUCUCCAAACUCGAAUAUUAUCUUGGACUUUGGUCUGGAUGUUGGUGGAUAUCCAGUAUUUGAAUUCAUUCCGGGAACUCCGGAAAACACUGCAGUUAUACGAUACACGGUAUCAGAGUCACUUGCGGCGCUGAAGCCCGGUGUUGGCGAUGGAUAUCCCUUUAUGGGUCAUGCAGGAGCUCGAUUUCGAUCAGAAGCUAUUACUGUAUCUGGUUGGGGAGGGCGAUGGCUCGGAACGGGGAUUCAAGGCGGACAGCGAUUCAUUCUCAUUGAACAUGUCAAUGGGGCGGCAGAUGUGUCUAUCAGUGAAGCCGGAUUUCAAGCCGUCACUGAUGUUACUCCGAUGUCCGAUCUUCCUGGAAGUUUCAACUCGAGUGAUGACUAUUUAAAUGAGCUGUGGAUAACUGGUGCUCGUACCGUCCAGCUGGGCUGUGCGAGCAAAGGCAGUUUUGCUCCAGCCUGGCAUGUUUCUGCGAUAGGGACGCUUAUUGAGUCAAAGAACAUCGCUAUCCAUGAAAAAAGUCAAAAUUGGGGUCAAAUCGACUUUAGCCUUUCGCUAUACAUUGUUAGCGGCUCGAUCUUUACAGUGAACAAGGGUGGCCAAUUUGCUCCUGAUCCCGGUGCCACCGAAUUUUAUCUUACAGUCGGGCGUAACGGGACUGGCACCUUCUCACGAUACGAUGGUUCAUCUGUCGACAUUCCAGAAGGAAUUUUGUCUACUGGAAAAUGGCAUAAUGUCAAAUUCUCGGUCCGCGGCGAUAGUAAUGCUACCAUGACGGCCAGCAUCGAUGGGGUCGAAAUUGGAGCUGUAUCAUAUGAUGGUAUUUCAUCAUCUGGGCCGUUUGGGCUCUCAGCUGGUAGCGAUACUGCAAUCAUUGUGAAGAACCUGCUUGUUCGGGACAUUGAUGAGAAAACGCUGUAUUUCAACAGUCUGACAAGUCAGAGUGCUUUAGAAGAUUUCGCGACCGGAACUAAUUACUACGGAGUUUGCUUUGACGGUGCUAAGAGAGACCGAGUCGUAUGGGCGGGUGAUUUCUCGAUUUUUGGACCCACAAUCUUUUACUCCACCGCAAACACUGAAGCGGUUGCAGGAAGCCUGCUAUUAUUUACGGGGGUACAGGACUCCCAAGGACAGAUAUCGAGUUCGGUUCUCGCCAGUGUAAUCCCUUCCGAAGUCCCAACCAAUGAUUGGAAGAGUAGUAAUUUUUAUUCAGUUAUAUAUGCUAUCUCGUCAGCGAAUGCCUGGUAUGAAUGGUAUCAAUACACCGGUGAUACUCGGUUCGUCAAUAAGUGGUGGCCUGCAAUCAAGCGCGACAUCGAAUACGGUCUCUCUUUUCUUGACAAGGAGACUGCUCUUAUUACCGUAGAAGGUCCCGCAGCUAUGGACUUUGACUACUACGACGGACCCACCCCAGGCACCCAUAUUGGCGCAAAUUCUAUUGUCGUCUGGGCUCUCCGUAAUGCUGCUCUCAUCAGCGAUAGCCUCGGUGACUCCGUUGCUCUGGAAUAUCGAGAGACUGCGGACAAGAUCGAAAAGGCGGUCAAUGAUCGGCUGUUUAGCAAUAGUACGGGCGCAUAUAUACUCGUAGAUGGGAACAAUGCCGUCGGAAUAAGCCAGGAUGGCAAUGCAUACGCGAUACUAUCUGGCAUCGCGAGCGCGCCAGGUGCACCGAGCUCAGCGGGCGCAAUAAUUGAAGCUAUGCGAAUGCUUGACACACCAUUCGGACCUCUUUCGUUCUCAAACACAAGCCGGUUCCUUCCAAUCGUGUCACCAUAUGCAUCUGGCUUUCAUACAUGGGCAGCGUUCGAAGCCGGGAUGGACGAUGAAGCAUAA